GUCUUGGUGUCAGUCCACUGGUCAGUCAUGUGUAAUCAGUAGCACAGAGGAAGAAGUCCUGUGAGGACUAAAGACAGACUGUAGAUUGUCUCUGUUCUACCUGUAAUAACUGAACUUGUAUCUGAUGUGUUUCUGUCUCCUCUCACAGGAUGAAGAUGAUCUGCAGCAUCCUGCUGCUCCUCAGUCUGACCUCCUGUGUCUCUGGAGCAUUUGUAGUGAAUGUGACACAGACCUUCUAUCAGGCAGAGGAGAACCACAACAUCACACUGGAGUGGAUGUUCACAACCAGAACCAACAGUUCCUCCAAAUCACUUUAUAUCUACUGUGAACUGUUUGCUGAUCUCAGACCCUUAGUCCUGUUUCAUCUCCAUGAAGGUGUUGAGGUCCCAGAGUCUCAGGAUGAACAGUUUACAGGACGAGUCCGGUGGGACAAAGACGUCCUCAGAGACGGACGAAUCAGACUUCACAUGUCCAGACUCAGGAUUGAUGACUCUGGUUGGUACCGGUGUGACAUGAAGACAGGUGAUGGUAGUGGCUCUAGGAUAUGUCACCUCAAUGUCACAGCUGCUGAUGAGCCCAAACCUCUGACACCAACAAUGAGACCACAACCAGAGAGACCAACAAUGAGACCACAACCAGAGAGUCGGGGAAGGAUCGGCCUCUACGUUGGACUGGGACUAGCAGCUCCACUGGUUCUCUGUGCUGGACUCUGCUUUGCCUUCCAUCGUUCUUUUACUAAAUCUAUUGAUAAAAGAGGAAACAUCAAUACAGCCGUACAGACGUUGAGUUUCUCAGAGAAACAACCCAUCAGGACUAACCAAGCGGUAACCUCCAGUGCUGAGAUAAGGUUGUGUCUAGAAGGUAACCUCCAAGCUCCAAGAAAACAAUGUGAAAACUCUUGCGAGACUCUCUGCCCGACUACCUAUCCUAACCUCAACUAUUCAAGGUCAAUACCUAACCUUAACUCAUCAUCACUGAAUGAAGAGUUCAUCAUUAAGAUUUAGCUGUAAGUUGGUUCAGUUUUCCCUCCAGCUGUUAUCAAUCAUGUGUUUUAUGUCCUCUGUUUACUGAUGGAUGUUGUUACCUUGCACUGAAUCUCCUAAUGUUAACUUUAUAAUGUGUUCAUUCAUAUAAAUGUAGUGAUUCCUUCACUAUGGCAGCUAGCAUGG